GACACUGUCAUUUCCGCCUUUCCCGAGGACCGUCGCGACCUGUUCGCGACCACCCCGACACCUCUUUUCUCUCCAAUCCUUGUUCUUCCUCGCUUUCGGCCUAACACAUAGCAGCACAGGUCUCGUUCCCUGCUCGCAAUGCCCUCCUUCCCUUCGCCCCCCUUUCUCCUGGCGCUUCGCGCCGGCAAUCCGCUCCUCCCCACCAUUGCCCUCGACACACCAACAGUAGCAAAAACAUUCCGUUCGCCGACGCUGUCAGCUUUCCAGUGCCAUCACCUCUCUUCCUCACCACAGCGCCAAUCACCCGAGGCAACACUGCUUCACUCCGCUGGACGGCCUCGCCGCAGGGCUAUCCCGACUCCGCCGACAUGCACUCAACGCCGUGCAAACAUGUACCAGGGAAACCCUAACCAAACGCCUAUAAGUCUCAGACCCAUCAAGGCGAAUAUCAUCAACCCCGAUUUACCGCUUCCAUUAUCGCGAACACCGUUCCCUAUCGCGUUUAACCCACUGCGACUGAACUGGACGAAUUUCAAGAACUACGUGUGGCGGCAGGGCAGGCUGCAGUUCAACGAUUGGAUGAGCUAUUGGAAGAUCAACGAUAAGGUCUCUGGGCACAAGGCGAAGGAUUUGGCCACCCUGGCGGAGCAGAAGUACAUUCUGAUGAACGAGGCUUUUGCGAGUGGAGACGAGAUUGAGCUUAGCAAACUAGUUGAAGAGUCCAUGUUGGCGACCCUUAGAAAGGAAAUCAAAGCCGCAAAAGAGAUCGGCGGCUACCGCACGUGGAAGGCGCACGGCAACUUCGGGAAGCCAAAGACUUUGCGCAUCUACAUCCUCCAGGCCGAUCUUGGCCAGGGUAGAAUCCGCGAGAUUGUCCAGGCUACCGUGAGGGUAUCGGUUAAGCAGUCGAUAGUAUGGAACGACCACCGAGGGAACCGCAUCAGUGGCGACCCCAAUGCGGUCAACGACAGGAUCACUGAAUACAUUGUCCUGCAGCGGACGCUACCCACCGCCGAUGAGGUCCAGGUGACAGGCAAGCAGAGCAAGACGCAGGGGUGGAAGAUUGCGGGGAAGGUGCCUGCCCCAUGAGAGGGAGAGG